AUGGCGUUUACUGUACAUGAGCAUUGUGAAGAAGUACUUCUUGUUCUGUGGAGCAAAGGGGCCGGGUUUCCCUCAAUCUCAGACUCGGACGACUAUCGAGUAGUGCCUGUGCCACAAGCCGGUCAAGUCCGUGUGUACGUUGGAAGAGACAUUGACAUGAUGUGCAAGUUCGAGAUGGAAGCCAAUUACCUAAACCACCCACUCUUCCAGAGUCUAUUGGAUCUCUCCGCCGAGCAAGAGUUCGGUUAUUUCUACAAUGGAGCCCUACGAAUAGGGUGCGACGUUGAUCUCUUCCACUAUCUUCUUGGUCUCCUUGAAACCAGCAAUCCCUCCGCUCAUUACAUGGAGCUUUCCGAUCUCAUUUCCAAGUUCUACAGCUAG